AUGCUUACAAGGUGCAAGCGGAGAGGAAAUGGCCUUAAUUGGUGUAAAGCCCCCGCCGCCCCUUCCGGUGAGUCACCCACGCCCUCUCUCGGCCCGUGGGCCCCACCCCUGUCUGAUGAUAAAGACAUGAAAGAUGAUGAUUAUGAUGAUGGUCGUUUGGCUUUGUUCAACUACAAAGGUGACAUCGUGUUGUUGUCGUACAGCUUCCAAUUAAAGCUUUACUUUGUUGUCUUCUUCAAUCCCGAGAAGAAAACCUUUAAAAGAGUUUAUAUUCAGGGAGACGAAGAGUUUAAGCAUCGUAGGGAUCCCACCUUUCUAGACUACGUGGAGAAUCUGAGGUUUACGUAG